AUGUUUCACUUACUUACAGCUCUUGUGGUUUUAAAAAUUGCUUUUGUUAAUAUCUCAGCUCGGCAGCACUGGAACUUUCCCAGCGGAUACCAAAUGCAGCAUGAAAAUUCCACUUGUGUAGAUAUUGAUCAAUGUCGGAAAGGGGAACUUGACACCUCUGGUCAAAAUUGUGUCAGUAUUCCAGAGUCCUAUAUCUGCUCCUGUUUUCUGGGCUAUACCUUGGGCAAUGACAAGUGGCCUUGUCAAGUAAGCAAUGUUGCACCAUUCUUAGUUUUCAGCCAAGGAAACACAAUCUUUAGAAUAGAUAUGGAGGGAACCAGUCAAAAGAGACUACUGACCCAUGCUGGCUCAUCAGCACUGAUAGAUUUCCAUUAUGAUGAAGGACAAGUUUAUUGGAUGGACACUGAAGAAGGUCUUCUCCAACGAGUAUACCUGAAUGGCUCAAAUCAGGAGACAAUUUGUUAUACAGGAAAAGAUAUUUCAGGAUUUGCAGUAGAUUGGAUAAAUCAAGGCAUUUAUUUGGCUCACUAUCAGAAGAGCACCAUUGAGGCAGUCAGCUUGGACAGAAACCAUUCCCGAAUACUUUUCAAAGAUGAACAUCCUCCCACAAGCAUUGCAGUUGACCCAGGCAAAAGGUUUAUAUUUUGGUCUUCCAAUACUGAUGUUGGAAGCAUCUACAGGGCACUUUUGAAUGGAAAAGAAGUAUGGAAUAUCUUGAGGAGCACAGGAAAAAUCAAAGCCAUUGCACUGGAUUUUAUUGACGAGAGGAUCUCCUGGAUCCAAUAUGAUGAUGAUGAUGCUUCACACAUUGGAACCUGUGACUAUGAUGGUGGUUCUGUCCAUUUGCUCAAACAGAUUGUGCGAAAGCAGUUCUAUGACAUAGUUCUCUUUGCGGACCAUAUGUACUAUUCAGAAUCAACUGGCACUAUCUGGAGAGCCAAUAAGUACACUGGAGAAGAUAUAGUUGCAAUUAAUCAGCCACCACCAUUCCCCUUACCUACAGAGAUACUGGUGGUGCAUCCAUCAAAACAGCCAAGCCCGAGAAGAGACUUUAAAGCUUUUGAAGCAAGACCUUGUUGUUCAAACAGAAAAGGCUGCAGGUCGAGACUCUGCACGCACCGCUCCAAGACCAAUCAGGGCAAAUGUGGUCAAGGAUUUACCUUAAGUAAAAACAGGCAACGUUGUGAAGAUAUCAAUGAAUGUGCAUUGUGGAACCAUGGGUGUACUUUGGGCUGUGUCAAUAUUCCAGGCUCUUAUUAUUGUACAUGUCCAAGAAGUUUUGUUCUACUGCCUGACAGGAAAACAUGCCAAGAACUAAUUUCCUGUUCAAGCAAUUACCUUCAGUGCAGCCAUGGCUGUGUUGAGACACCUGACGGAACUGUUUGCAUUUGUCCGGAAGGAUCAUUUCUCCAACAAGAUGGAAAGACAUGCACAGAGUCCAAGCCAUUUCUGUUGUUUGCAAACCACCAAGACAUUCGGCGUAUUAAUUUUGAUGGAACUGAUUACUCAGGUGUACUCCGCUGGCAGAUGGGAGUAGUCUUAGCUCUAGACUAUGACCCGGUUGAAAGUGAGAUUUAUUUUGCCCAUGCAACACUGAAGCGGAUAGAAAGAACUAAUCUUGACGGAUCAGACUGUGAAAACGUUAUCCGUGAUGCAACCGAGAGACCUGAGGGGCUUGCUGUCGACUGGAUUAACCGAAAAUUGUACUGGACUGACAAGGGGAUGUCUCACAUUGAAAUCAGUGAUCUAAAUGGAAGGCAGAGGAAAAUAAUCAUCCAAGAGGAUGUGUCUCAGCCUCAAGGGAUUGCUGUUCAUCCAUUUGCUGAGAGACUCUUUUGGACAGACCUAGGGAUCCAUCCAAAGAUUGAAAGCUCUUCCUUGGAAGGCACCAAGCGUCUCCUUAUAGCCGAUUCAGGCUUAGCUUGGCCCACUGGAAUAACGAUUGACUAUUUAGCUGACAAGUUGUACUGGUGUGAUGCCAAGCAGUCAGUUAUUGAAACUGCAAACCUGGAUGGUUCGAAACGCCGAAUACUCACACGGAAUGAUGUAGGACAUCCAUUUGAUAUAACAGUAUUUGAGGAUGAUGUCUGGUUCUCUGACUGGGCUAAGCAUUCAUUAAUGAGAGUGGACAAGAAGACUGGCCAAAGUAGGGUGCGUCUUGGAGGCAGCAUGCUGAGGCCCUCCUCCCUAGUGGUCAUCCAUCCCACAGCAAAACCAGGCCAUAUGUUGAUGCCCAAGGAGACAAUAAACAAGACGUCAGCACUGGAAGUUCCAUACCAGCAACCUUUAAGGAACAAUGCAUAUGGAGAUAGAAGUGGAAAGGAUCUACAGAAUAAGCAGAUGUUGACUGCAGAAAUUGUGGUGUCUGGGAAGAAUGACUGUAUAGAAUUGGGUUGUGAUGUCAACGCUAAGUGCAUUUCAGAUGAAGAUGGCGCCACUUGUAUGUGUCAGACGGGAUUCACUAAGGACGGCAAAUUGUGCUAUGAUAUUGAUGAGUGUGCUUUUAACCUGGACCAAUGCAAUCGAAGCUUGUCAAGGUGUGUCAAUACUGAAGGCAGCUACACUUGCCAGUGCCUUGUGGGGUAUACUGAAGAUGGGCUUCAUUGUUCUGAAUCUGUCAUACCACCUACUGCAGCAACCAGUGAGUUUACUUCAUCUACACAAGAUAAUGCUGUUGGUUGCCCACCAUCAUACUGUCUUCAUGAGGGAGUUUGUGUUUAUUUUUCCAGUCUGCAAGUUUAUGCAUGCAACUGUGCAAAAGGCUACUUGGGAGAGCGCUGUCAGUUCAGUGACUUGGAGUGGAGGGAGCAACAACACGGGAAGCAAACCAGGAAGAGGAAUCUAACAACUGCUCUUUGCUUGGCUCUCUUACUCCUGGUCCUCCUCCUUGGAGUUGGAUCUGUCUACUGGUACAGUAGACAGCAGAGAUUUUGCAAGAAGCGUUCCGGUGCAGAAGCAGUGAAAGAUGCCAGAGGCAGCAGUGGCAGUGCUGAUAGUGAUAACUCGAAGCCCACGAGCAACGAGCCUUUGUUAAUUGUUGUAGUGGAAUAUGAUGAUCGCAUCAAAGAUAGACCUGUCGAUUCAAGAGACCAUGAAACAGAAGAUCUUGGCUAUUUCUGCCUUUCAAAACCAUCCUGAGCUGCAGAAACCUGGACUCACCACUGCCAGCAAAAAAACAACAACUGAACAGGCC